CCUCAGAAAUUGAUCAAUCAUAUUAAAAAUGAGGUCGACAAGAAAUGAGGUAUUCAUCAUCAAUUCCUGAGUUUUCCUAUAAAAUAACCUUCCAGCUCUUUCCUCACGAUACUCAUAUCUCACUAGAAAUGAUGAGGUGGUUAAUGUGGCUCUCUCAAAUCUUGCAUCUCUCUCUGCUCUUGUAUUCUGAAGUUACAUCAUCAUCUUUUCCCUCCUCUUCUUCAGCAUUACUGUGCUCCCAAGACCAGAGCUCUGCGUUGCUCCAAUUUAAGCAAUUGUUUACUUUUUCAGAAGAUGCUUCUUCCAGUUGUGAUGAAGUUGGUCAUCAUUCUUAUCCAAAGAUGGAGUCUUGGAAGGAUGCCACCGAUUGCUGCUCAUGGGAUGGAGUUACCUGUGACAGUGCGAGGGGGGACGUGAUUGGCCUUGACCUCAGUUGUAGCUGGCUUUAUGGCACCAUCCCUUCCAACAGUACCCUCUUUCUUCUUUCUCACCUACAACAUCUCAACCUCGCCUUGAAUGACUUCAAUUCUUCAUCCAUUUCAUCUCGGUUUGGUCAAUUUGCUAGCUUGAGUUAUCUUAACCUUUCUAACUCUGCAUUUUCUGGCCAAGUCCCAUAUGAAUUAUCUCAACUCUCCCAAUUGGCCUCGCUAGAUUUAUCCAUCUUUCAUCUUAGUCUAGAAACCUCUGUGGUUAAAAGGCUUGUUCAGAAUCUGACCAAGCUAAGAGACCUUCAUCUUGAUCUUAGUGACAUGUCUUCUGUUUCGCUUACUUCUUUCAUGAAUCUCUCUUCUUCUUUGAUGUCCCUUUCUCUCCAAAGUUGUCAAUUGCAAGGGAGGUUACCGGAUAACAUUUUCCGACUACCAAACCUACGUGAGCUGAAUCUACUUGAUAAUUCUGAACUCACGGGGGAUUUUCCAUUGUCAAAUUGGAGCAAUCCCCUAAGAUUCUUGGAUUUAUCUAAGACGGCUUUUUCAGGAGAAUUACCGAAAUCAAUUGGCAAUCUAAAAUUCUUGAGGCAAUUGGUAUUGAAUGGAUGCAAUUUUACUGGAUCAGUUCCUGCAUCUGUGGGUAAUCUUACAAAACUCACUCUUUUAGAUAUAUCAAAUAACCAUUUUAGUGGUGAGAUACCAUCAUCACUGUCAAAUCACAGGGAGCUCUCUCGCUUGGAUCUAUCUAACAACAAUCUCAGUGGACCAAUACCUGUGUCACUUUCAUUCCUAAAGGAUCUCACUCUUAUUGACCUCCUUCAAAACAACUUUGGAGGUGAAAUUCCCGACCUUUUUCCUAACCUCACAAAACUCACAGAUGCUUACAUGUCUGAUAACCAGCUUACUGGUAACUUUUGUGAAUUCCAGUUUGGCAGUUCAUUACAGUUUCUUACAUUAGAUAAUAACAGGCUAUAUGGCUGUAUUCCAAAGUCAAUCUCCAAUCUUGUGAACAUUUCAGAACUUGAUAUUUCAUCAAAUAACUUGAGUGGCAUUGUGAAUUUUGAAAUGUUCACAAAGUUUAAAAAAAUAGGCACUCUUGCUCUUUCACAUAAUAGUCUGUCAGUAAGCAUCAACAAAAAUUUUAAUCAUACCUUCCCCGAAUUGAAUAACUUGGAAUUAGCUUCAUUCAACAUCACUAAUUUUCCAAAUUUCCUAAAUACACCAUUUCUAACGUUAGACCUCUCUGAUAAUAAAAUCUCUGGCCGAAUCCCAGAAUACAAGUUCGGAACUGGGAAAUAUCUGAUGUCCCUAAAUAUUUCUUACAACUUUUUAUCAAGUAUAGAGCUACCUCAAUUGGAGAAUCUAAGGAUACUUGACCUUCGUGCAAAUCUACUACAAGGACAGCUUCCUAUUCCACCAUCUUCGGUGGAAUUCUUUUCAAUCUCAAACAAUAGAUUGUCUGGGGAAAUCCCUUUGGGGAUUUGCAAUGUAAGUGUCCUUACACAUAUUGGAUGUCUCCUAUAACAACUUGAGUGGUAUUAUUCCACGGUGUUUAGGAAACUUGGGCGAUUCUCUAUCAGUGAUAGAUUUGAGUAUGAAUAGCUUCCGAGGAACCAUCCCUGAAACACUUGCAAAUUGCACAAGAUUGAACACUGUCAGCUUUAAUGGAAAUCAAUUGGAAGGGUUAUUGCCACCAUCUUUGGUCAACUGUACAAGUCUCGAAGUUCUAGACCUUGGAAAUAACAAGAUAAAUGGUUCAUUUCCGUAUUGGCUGGAAGCACUUUCUGAGCUACAUGUUCUUGUCCUAAGAUCCAAUAGAUUUCACGGCCCCAUAGGAAUUCAUAAUACUAGUGGGAUGCUUUUCUCUAAACUACAAAUUCUUGAUCUCUCUCACAAUCAGUUUACUGGUCUUUUACCAAGUCAUUAUUUUGGAAACAUGAAAGCCAUGAUGAUUAAUGAUGAGGGCAAGCAAGAAUUGGAAUAUUUGGGUGAAAAUUAUUUUCAUGAUAUGGCGGGUUCAACUUAUUAUAAAUAUACAGUAGGGGUGACAGUGAAAGGUUUGGAGACUCCACCAAUUGGAAUCCCAACAAUCUUCACAACCAUUGAUUUAUCGAGUAACAAAUUCCAGGGAGAGAUUCCAGAGGCAAUUGCAAGUCUUAACUUUCUCCGAUUGCUUAAUCUUUCCCAUAAUAGCUUAACCGGCUCUAUACCAUCUUUAUUGGCAAAUUUGUCAGCACUUGAAUCAUUGGACCUCUCUUCAAAUAGACUUGUUGGGGAAAUCCCUAUGCAAUUGACAAGUCUAACAUUUUUGGCUUUAUUAAACCUUUCACAAAAUCAUCUCACAGGACUCAUUCCACAAGGUAAACAGUUUGCUACAUUCCAAAAUGACUCUUAUGAUGAUAACUUGGGACUGUGUGGAUUCCCAUUGUCUAAGCAAUGUACUACAGAUGCAUCACCACUGACACCACCAUCAAUAUUCCAAGAAGACAAUGAUUCAAUGUUUGCAAGUGGAUUUGGUUGGAAGGCUGUGUUAAUUGGCUAUGGAUGUGGCUUGGUGUUUGGAUUAGCUGUGGGAUAUGUUGCUUUUAAAACAGAAAAACCUCAUUGGCUUGUAAGGUUUGUUGAAGGAGAACGAAAUGGAAAGACGAGAAGGCCUAAUAAUAAAAGACUUGGGCGAAGAAGAAGUUAAUGCAUUCAAGGGUGGUCUUAGGUAAGUAGAAAGUGAUGAAGACCCUAUUCUCUACUAGCAGUGAGAGAAGAUUGUGAGCCUUUAAAUUACAUCAGGGCAUUCGAAUGGUGGCUAAUGAGGAGUGGAUCGUGCUUGAAUGAAUUAAGGUGCUAUUUUCUUCUUCUUACUAUAGAUAUGUUCAACUUUUAUUUUUGUAUUUUUUUUUUUUUUUUUUUUACACUUUUCCGUCUGUUUGUCAAGAGAUUGUGUGACAAAUUGGACAUAGCUAGCCCUGGGGUAUCUUGGGUUCUCAUGGUCUCUAUCUAUGUAUUUGAGGGUAUUUCAUGUGUUUAUUUGUUUCUUUUGAGACUGUCAGUGUCUGGCAUGUUUGAUUUAGUUCUAAGGUCGGCCUUGCGUUAUUUCUCAUA